AUACAUAGAGGGGUCACUUACACACAAACACUUCCUCGUUAAUCAAUCAUCCAUGUCCAGAGUGGUCAGAAUUCCAAACAUCGUCACGAUUGUCCAACCUUGGCUACGCCGGACAUAGACCUCCAACAGAUACAUGUGCGAUUUUUUCCCAGAGAAAAACAAAACAAUGAUUCUCUCUUGGAAAAUAAUUUUGACUUGAAAUUGUCACGUGACGCUGACAAUGACAGGUCUCUCUGUACUGGUGUUGUUCUGUCUAAUGGUGUCUUGUAUCCAGGAAACAAGCGGCCAGGCGGCUUUGUACUCUCCGCCGGGCAGAUCCGCCAUGUGGGCAUAUCUCGGAAACGCAGCAUACGCCUCGAAACUCACCCCGAACUUCGACUACACCACGAACCUCAACUGUGGUGGUAACAUUGUGACACCCACUACUUAUGAGACGUCCUGCGGUCCCUGUGGUGACGCAAUUGACCCGGGUAACCCCACGGCGGUCAGGUCAAACGAGGCGCCCGGGGGUGAAUUCGCUAUCGGCGAAGUGGUCUGGUACUACCAUGAGGGCGCCACCAUCAACGUCACGCUUGACGUUCGGGCACCCCUAGCCGGCGGAUUUUAUCAGUUUGCUUUAUGUAAAACCGAUGAUUCCACGAUCGUCACGCAUGAUUGUUUUUCACAUAAACUGACCUGGGCUAACACGGGCCAGAUGACCAUUCCGGCCCCGACUUACAGCGGUUACGCCACCUACACUCUUCAACUUCCGGUUGGACUCACGUGCGAUAACUGUGUACUACAGUGGAAAUGGAUAGAUGGAGCAUAUUCCUGCCAAAUGCUGGAUAUGUUAGUGUGUGGGCCCACGGUGACAAACUGUGCCGACAUUGCGAUCGUUCCUCAGGGGACCGACUUCCCCCACCAUUUUGACUGGCCGCGUUAUGAUGAAUAUGCGAGUAUAUUCUCCGCCGAUGGUAAUCCUGGUACCUUACCCCACCAUACCACGCCUGUCACGGGUCUAACCACGGCGUCCCUCCAAGAUACAACCACUACAGCAACCAUAGCGCCCACCAUUGUAACGACUACAGCAAACACCAUCGCUACGCCAACCACCACUCAAAGUACACCUACCAUGACAACGCCUACCUCAACACAAACCAUGCCCACCACCACACAAACCACGCCUACAGCUACACAAACCACGCCCAGACAACAGGAGAGCACUACCCCACGCACACCGAUCAUUAUAAUUUUCACAACGCCUCGCCCUGACUCGGGGAGCACGACUAGAGAGCCGGAACCGACAAACGCCCCAGCGACGUCGACUGUUAGCACUACGACCCCUAGUCAGACGACACCACAAGCGGCUCGGCUUGUACAGCCAGUGGCUGCCGCCGCAGUAGUUCCGGGUGUCCUUGGUGUUACUAGUGUGCUGUCCGGACAGACAGGUCUCGGAAUCGUAUUUCUUUUGCUUGCACUGUUUGCAUCUCAAAUUAAAACUCAUCUUCAGCCAUUUGGCGGUGCGCCAAGUUCUGGUUAUUCCCUACCAAGAGCUUACCCAGUAUUUUCUCCCGGAUAUACCGGCCCAUUGCCAAGUCUCCAGUGGUACGGACGGCCAUAUACGGGACUAAAUAACCAAUACACAAGAUUCGGUACAGUGCAACCACAGCUUGCUUCAUAUCCGUACGGACGAAGCAACUUUAACAGCCGAUAUGUUCCGAAUGGAUCCCCGGGUAGAUACAUCGGUAAUACUAACAAUGGAAUCAACAAUGUGGGAAACAGCCGAUAUCAUCCGAAUGGAUACCCAGGUAGAUAUAUCGGUAAUGAUAACACGGGAUUCAACACUGGAGGAAACGGUCGAUACCCUCCGAAUGGACAUCCUGGUAGAUAUAACGGUAAUGGUAACAACCGAUAUUCUCCGAAUGGAUACCCAAAUAGAAAAAGUGGUUACGGUAACAAAGGAGUCGUUAAGGGAUAUAAUAACAAUGGAUAUAGAAACAACAUGAAUAACAACAAACAAUGGAAUUCAAAUCAACAAAACAGUAACAAUGGAUACGUAAAUAAUCAGGGGCAGAUAACUCAAGGGUAUACAAAAUCUGGUUACGGAAACAGUGCUCAGAACAAUUGGAAUCGUAAUCCGAAUGGUCAAAGCUUGUCAAAUGGGAUGAUUGCUGAAUAUGACAACGACCCCGCCCCCUCAGUAGUGAAAACGCCCGACUCAGGGGCGUGUCUCUGUCGGGGGAGACUCGAGGUUUUUACUGUGUACUGUAUGAACUAUGGUGACAACCGGGAGGGGUGUGAAAAGGAGGGGGAUGUAUGUUACUGCAAGGUGUGAAGCUACUUCAGGCAGAAACAAAAAUGUUCAAUAAGUUGAUAUUCAUGUUCCGGACAGUUAGGAGUUCCGGGAGACUUUUGAAUAAGAAAAGCAAAAACGCCAACAUCAUGAUGACGUCAUUAUUAACUGUCAAAGCGAUUGUAAAAAAAAAUAAAACAAAAAAAACAGCAAACGUUCUCCUGACAUUUACAAGUUGGCGUUGCUGCGAGAGACUUUUAAAUAAGCAAAAUUCAACGCCAACGUCACGAUGACGUCAUCAAUUGAAUGUGUCAAAAAUGGCAUAAUUUUGUAAAUACAUUUUGUUAAGUACCAUCCCGAAAUUUUAAUUGCUAUGUGUAUAAAGUAGCAAUACAAAAUGCUACAAAGAUUUGUUUACAAAACAAUUUGGUCAUUUUACAAUUAUCGAUUGUUUCGUUCCACGUGAUUUUUAUGACAUAGCUACAUAUCAUUUUCUUACGAUUUCUUUUGUAUCCCUAACACACUUGGUUACACAACAGUGCUAAAAUGAUUCACAUCCCAUCCAUGUUUUAUUGAUAAAGGUGAUAUUUAUUUAAUUUAGUGUCAAAAUAUAUCUACAAAUACAUAAAAGUACAAUAUUCAAACACAAUACAUUUAAAUGUCCAGUUUUACAAGACUUACGAGACACUAUGAUACUUUUUCAGUAUUGGAACAGGCAUGUGUAAAUAAAUUUUGCUAAAAUUUUGUUAAUGGACUUCUUGCCGUUUUGAUCCCUUUAAUAACCCCAGAGAUAUGUAUAUCUGAUAUACACGUCUCUGGUGACACCUUACGAAUGUAUAUUUUAUAUUAUUAUGCGAUUUUUUUAACCUACCCCGCAGACCGAGUUAAAAGUCUUACCCCGAGUUCAAAAAAUAUAUACAGUUAUUCACAUUGUAUUUCAAAUUAUCCGAUAUUCAUACCCGUAGCAUCAUUUAAAAGCUGUAUACAUAGUCACUUGAAAUCAAUGUUUUGCCAUGAAUCCCACAACACUGUUGACAUUAUCUCCCUUUGUAUGUACACACGUAUAAUAAUAGGUUCGGUACGCAAAUAAUUCAAUAAUACGAGAAUACGAGACUUUUUGUGCCAAUUCCCCCACGGGAUCGAUUUGGGCUGUGCGAAGAUGGAUCACGUGGGUACAGACGAUGCCUUACCGAUAGUACUGUUAUAACCUUUCUAUUACAAUAGAAA